UAUGGCUGCCGGCGGACUCCCGCCAUCUUUACGCCCCGGGUCGCCGGCGCAUGCGCGUAGCGGCCUCGGUGAGCGGUACGCGCAGCUCUCCCGUGUCGCCCGCGUGUUGGAUACAGUUGUGUGCAGAGAUGCUGUGCCGGCUGAGCGUUAGGUGGUUGCAGCCGCGGCCUGCCCUGCAGCUCCGGGGCUUGGGCCCACCGGUCGUACCGGCCCCCACCGGCGGCGCCAAGCCCUCCGCUCUGCCAUUGUGGGCGGUGGCAUCAGUCUCUGCAGUUGGCCCGAGCGGCGCGGGUGGCUGGUAUGAAGCCCUGGCUACGUCGGCGCCGGUGCAGGGCGCCGAGGACGUACUGCUGUUUGCGCACACCGCCUCGGGCCUGCCCUGGUGGGGCAGCAUUCUUCUCACCACCGUGGCCCUGCGCGGCGCUGUCACGCUGCCCCUGGCCGCCUACCAGCACUACAUCCUGGCCAAGGUGGAAAAUUUGCAGCCAGAAAUAAAAAGCAUUGCAAGGCACCUUAACCAAGACGUUGCAGUUCGUGCAAAUCAGUUGGGGUGGUCCAAAAGAGCUGCCAGGCUCACUUAUCUAAAGACUAUGCGGAGGCUUGUUUCAGAGCUGUAUGUUCGGGAUAACUGCCACCCUUUCAAAGCCACUGUGUUGGUCUGGAUUCAGCUUCCAAUGUGGAUAUUCGUGUCUGUUGCUCUCCGGAAUUUUAGCACAGGGGCAACACAUUCAGAAGCAGGUUUUUCUGUUCAGGAGCAGUUAGCUACUGGUGGGGUCCUGUGGUUUCCUGACCUCACUGCCCUGGAUUCCACUUGGAUUCUGCCUGUCUCCAUUGGUGUCAUCAACUUAUUAAUAGUGGAGAUUUUUGCUCUGCAGAAAGUUGGAAUGUCUCGUUUCCAGACAUAUAUUACGUACUUUGUUCGUGCAGUAUCAGUGUUGAUGAUUCCAAUUGCAGCGACAGUACCUUCAUCGAUUGUUCUCUACUGGUUAUGCUCCAGCCUCAUGGGCCUUUCACAGAACUUGCUGCUACGUUCUCCUAGAUUUCGCCAACUUUGUCGAAUACCGUUGACCAAGUCAGAUUCAGACACUCCUUAUAAAGACCUCUUUGCUGCCUUUUACGCCAAGUUCAUUUCAAGAAAAUGACAUACUUUCUAGUAAUUCUGAAACAAUUACAAGUUUCACUGUUAAUGUAUUUAGAAGAUUUAGAAAUUCAGAUAUGGUUUAAUUUGCUUUUUAAAAUCAUGAGCUCUGUGAAGUACUGUGGAUUAAGAUAUAAUCCAGAUAUAUUUGACAGUACUUAAAAUCAUUUAAGUGCUAAAACUGUAGUAUGUUCAGUUAUGUAAAAGUGGGAUCAAAGUGUCGGGCCCUGUUUAUAAAAUUACAACUUGCGAGAGGUGCUAGAACUUUGGAGAACAGGACUAGAGAAGUUUUAUAAAAUAAAAGAAUCCAGUGAAGUGAUUUUUAAAAUUUUGGGGGUGUGGAGGAUCAUAGACCCGGUUAAUCAUUUAAUAAAGCCAUGGUUUUCUCUUCAGAAAAGUCCUGGAACUCACAACAUGGAGGCCUUUAUUGACCCCCCUUCUGGUAAUUCCUGGCUAAUAAGUGUUAUUCUAAUGGAACAUACAUUGAUGAUGAGUUAAUGUGUGCUUUUGAAAUGAAAAGGACUUGAGAUACACGCAGUGGAGUAGUCCACACAUGUAAGAAAGUACCUAAUAGGGUAGGUAGUGUUGCUUCUCAACCUUGCUCUGAAGGAAUACAAAAAUUGUACAUUUCCUUUCUCUGUAAUUUAAGGAGUCUGGAAUACAGAGCAUAGAACUAAGUACUGCUAGAGCCCAAAGUAGAAAAUCUUAAGCUAAUCAUAUAGAAUAUGAAGGAACCCAAUAUCUCUGAUAAUCCUUUAAGAAAGUGAAAAACUGGUACUAGGGUCAAGGCUGUGCUAAUUGGGAGACUCCUUUAGACCUGUACACCUUGGUAUGAUAAUGCAUAACAUUAAAUUGGUCUGAGGAUCUUAUAUAUUACAAAAUUCAUAAUUUCAUAGCUUGGAAAAAAGGAUCAAAGUAAAUUUUAAAAGCUCAAAAGAUCAGGAUAGUAUUUAGCAAGUUUUAAAAAUAAUGACUGAAUACAUGAAGAUACAUUAGUUACACUAUUACUAGAAAUUAAAUAGUAGGUGAAGAAUCAUCUCAUUCAGCCAGAGAACAUGCAUAUGAACAUUGUGUAUUCAGUCAUUAGAGAAUGUAGGUAGAUCACAUAAUUGUGAAAUAAGCUUGUUGUGCAGAAUUCUGGAGACAGAGCUGUUUGAGUCUUUCCUGUCAUCUCAAAGUACAGUAGACCCUUCUGUCUUCCUAGCCCCACAGCCACAACCAUUAAGAGCUUCAAACUGUCAGCAGCUAGAAUCCCAUCAAACAGCUGAACCAGACUUCAUUAGAUAAGGACUAACAUAGCCACAGAGAGGAAAUGAUUCUGUGACUUGAACAUAUUAACUUGACUGUAGUCGUUUGUGGAAUACAGUUUCAAAGUAAAAAGGACUAUUAGAAAACUUUGAACUUUAUUUGGUAAUUGUAUUGCUCUUGUUAAUAUUGCAUUGCUGUUUUGGAACUCUUACUGUCAGGUAAAAUAUAUAAUGAUGUUUACUGG